GCACGCGGGGGAAGAAAGGGAGAAUACAUGUGUGUGCGUGAAGGAGCAGUUCUGUUUUUGGUGGGGUCUGCGUGAGGUGCAGCUUUUUAUUCAAGUCGAAAUGGGAGCUUUACAUUAUGUGUGUGUUCUGGCUUGCACUGUUUUCGUUUCUCAAGCAAAUGGACUCAAAACUUACCGGGACAUGUUCCCUCACAAGCAUUCAUUGUCGAUGAAGUUCCCGCCGAUCCCUGGUUGGAGCCCAGACAGCAACCCGUGGGAUGACUAUAUCUACCCGCCCUUUGGCCCCAAGGAACUAACGCGGAGAAAAGGUAAGCCCGUCAAAGUGCGCCUGACCAGCGACAGUCCAGCAAUCAAAGGUUCUAUAGUGUCAUUCACUGCCAAGCUGGAGUACCCCCCAUGUCAGAAGGAGGACACCAACGGGGAGCUGGUGUGGGAUGAGCACUGUCCAGAUGGUAUGGAGCUGGAGGCCUCAGCUAACAGUCAGCUUAAAUCUGGCUAUGUAUUUAACUGGACCUCCUGGCUAGAUGACUACGGCUUUGGAAAGUGUACUGACCUGAAGAGAUGUAACGUCUUCCCAGAUGGGAAACCCUUCCCUCAGAGCAAUGACUGGAGACACAAGGGCUACGUCUACGUAUGGCACUCCAUGGGUCAGUACUCUGAGACGUGUGAUGGCUCCUCUUCCACCCUAAUAGUGAACACCAGUGACAUAAUUUUGGGGGCGGAACUGAUGGAGGUCAUGGUGUACAGGAAACGCGAGCGCAGAAAGUACAGCCCCCUGGCCACCGACAAGGCAGUCUUCUUUGUCACAGACAAGAUCCCAGUGGCUGUGAAUAUUUCCCAGAAGGCAUCAGCCAAUCUGUCGGACAGCGUAUUUGUGCGUGGCGAGGAAGUUGUGUUCAGUGUGUCCGUUCACGACCCUAGUGACUACCUGAAGACCGCAGACGCCGUCGACUACAUCUGGGACUUCAAGGACGGCAACCAGCUGGUCACCCAUAGCAAUGUAGCCACUCACUCCUACAGUGCGGUAGGAGGUGUCAACGUGAAGCUGAGGGUGGAGGCGAAGUUCAAGAUCCCAUGUCCUCCGCCCACGCAAACUACAGCGGCCCACACACCUCCCCCUGGCACUCACGCCAUCACUCGCAAAAUGGAGACAACCCAUGGUUUUGUGCCAGUCACCACUGCCAGACCCGCCUCCAACACACCUGUUCCUAUGACUACAGGCUUCCCGACAACAGAGCCCCUCCCCCCGACGGUUGCUGAUGUGACUUUGGCGCUGUUCAACCCGAUACAACUUUUUGCACAGUUCUUGCUAGCUGGCCCCACCCCCAUGUCCCUGCCCACUGGCCCUACCCCAAUGUCCCUGCCGGCUGGCCCCACCCCCAUGGCCCAGCUCCGCUACGCACAUCUGGCAGGCAAUGAUUGCUUCCGCUACUUCUACGGAACCUUCCAGACCAACAUCACCAUUAUUGAACCCAAGCACUUCAUCAACAGCCAGCCAGCCAAUCGGAUCCUGGACGUGUUUGCUGCCAAGGUCACCAACACUGACAUAAGCUUCCUGGUCAAGUGCCUGGGCAGCACUCCCACCUCAGCCUGCACCAUCGUCUCGGACCCCUCUUGCCAGCAGGUGAGGAACAUCGUGUGUGAUGACGUGCCCCCAUCGUCGGAGUGCGAGGUGCGCCUGCGGAGGACCUUCCUGGAGCCAGGGACCUACUGUGUCAACAUCACCCUGGAGGAUGCCAGCAGUCUGGCCCUCACCACCACCACUACCAUCACCAUAAGCAACACUGACCCUGACACACCCGAGUCUAAAGCUCCUCAUGCUGCAGAGGUUGUCCUCUCCUCCAGUGCUAUUCUGGUAGCCAUCUUUGCCUUCACUGCCUUCAUGGUCUACAAGCGCUAUAAAGUCUACAAGCGGGUGAGGAGGUCCCUGGUGGAGGACGCCAGUGGCCAUGUUGGUGUUGGGGGUCGUAUGGGCCGGCUGAGGGAGGUAAUAUUCCCCACCAACGAGGAGAGUCGCCGCCUGCUGUCGGAGAGACACCCCAUGUAGACCCACCGAUGGUACUCCAGCCACAGGCUGCAAAUUUGGGGUGUGAAACAUUUUGAAAGGUGCAGAUAGAAAUAACUGGAUUCGCUUUUGUACCUGACAAACAAGCAUAUCUGUUCUACACAAUACAUUUCUAUCUCAAUGUUCUGCAACUUUAUAUAAUCCUUAACAGGCCCCAGGAUUUUUACUCAGAGGUUCUUCAGUACCAAGUUUAAUUUUAGCACGUUCAUAAAUGCAUCACAAAUAAGAUAUCUAUACCAAUAACUAAGAGAACUAACAACUGUUAAUAAGAUGGCAAGAACAUUUAACUUUUGAUAAUAUGAAAAUACUAGUGCCUUUUCUGUUUAGUUGACUUUGUUGUAGAAAAGUAUGUCUAUAGGAAGUCUACACCCUACUUGGAUUUUUUCACAUUUUGUGUUACAAAGUGGGAUUAAAAUGGAUUUCAUUGUAAUUUGUCAACAGUCUACACAAAAGGUAUAUAUUUUAAAGAUGAAUGAAAAAUAAAACACUAACAUACCUUGA